AUAUUGGGCACCACAAACCGACCUUGUUCAUGGAGCAUCCAUCAUCAUAGAUCUAUUUCUCUGUCUCAGAAUACUUGUGAACCAUCUCGGAUUCAUCCAGCAAGUUACCACCGUUCAUCAUGCCUCUCGCAAGUGAUGCCUUCCAGGCUGGUCUCUCACGUCUCUCACCUUCCCAUCUUGAAGUUUCACUUCCCAUCACCCUCUCUCUCGCCCUCCUGGCCUACCUUCUCCUCGUCUCCACCCUCCGCUUCCAGCGCGUUCGUAUCCUCUACCGCGACUACCCACAGUAUGCAACUCGUGCAUCCAUGUCCCAAAUGACCGUGCAUGAUGCAUGGGCGAUACAAAAGAACAUUUUGCAACUCGAGUUCCCUACCACUGCAGUGAAAGCCCUCCAAUUUGCGCUUUUUCGGACAUAUGGCAUCCCGACCAUCUCCGCCCUCCUUCUGCAAACCUCCCAAUUUUCAAAUCCCGCCACCUCCUUCAAACGCUACGCAGACACGGGUGCCCUCAUCGGUCAGUUCGUGACAUGCCCUCCUACCUCCUCUCGUGCACGCACCGCCAUUGCUCGUACCAAAUUCCUACACUCCGGAUACCGUGCCAGCGGUAGAAUUCUCGAGUCCGACAUGCUCUAUACCCUGAGCCUAUUCGCCACGGAGCCCAUCCGCUUUGUGGAACGGUUCGAGUGGAGAGCAAUGACGGAAUUGGAACGAUGUGCUAUCGGAACUUACUGGAAGAGCCUGGGCGAUGCCCUGGAUAUCAGUUAUGAUGCGUUACCGUCGGGAAAGAGCGGGUUUAGUGAUGGCCUGCAUUUCUUGGAGGAGCUCCGGCAGUGGGGUGACCAUUAUGAAGAAGAGAACAUGAGACCCGACGACCGCAAUAGAUUGGUUGCUGACAAGACGAUGGACGUCAUUGUUUAUGGAUUUCCUAAGUGGGUGAGAGGCGUCGGGGUCAGGUUUGCCACCUGUGUGAUGGACAACAGAUUGCGAGAAGCGAUGAUGUAUGAUGCGCCACCCGUACGGUAUCGGAGGAUUUUUACGGGGCUGGUAGCCCUACGGAAGUAUUUUCUGCGAUACCUUGGGCUUCCUCGGCCGAUGAUUCUCCGACAGGAAGUUUUCAGUGAUACUCCCAAUGAAGCCGGUCGGUAUUAUGUUCAAAUAUGGAAAGGAAUGCCGUACUACGUGCAGCCGACCAUGUGGAACCGCUGGGGUCCGGCGGCGUGGCUGACGUGGGCCCUCGGCCUUCCACUUCCCGGCGAUGAUGGCGAUACCUAUUGCCCAAGGGGUUUCGAUGUAGCCGAUCUAGGACCGAGGCAAUUUGAAGGAAGGGGCCGGAAGUCAGUAGGUGACUAUGUAGAUGUCUUGGAAAAGGAACUCAAAGGACAGUGUCCCUUUGGCGGGAGGAAGGGGAUGGAUGCGUGGAUUCUAGGGGCCGGCAUCUCUUCUCUGACUGCAGCUGUGCAUCUCAUUCAGGAGGCGCAUGUGCCCCCUUCUCGUGUUCACAUUCUCGAAACUCUCAGUCAAGCUGGCGGCGGGAGUAUCAGUACGGGGGACCCCGUCAAUGGUUAUGAUUGCCGCGCUGGGGGAAUGCCUCCAUUCAACGACGUCUGCAUGGAAGAACUUCUCUCUCUGGUCCCCUCCAAGAUCAAUCCAAACCUGACCGUCCUCGAAGAACUUCACGAGUUCUGGGACACUGAAGCCGUGAAAGAUCACCCUCAUACUCGCUUCCUCACCCGCCAUAAACAUGGUCUUGAACGCAUUGACGCCAAGCGAGCCAGUCUGGGACUGCGCGACCGCGUGGACCUAUUCAUGCUGGCCUCAAAUGCAGCUGAGUUCCGGCGCUACCUUCAACACUACAUGCACGACAUCCACGAGAUCCACCGUCGCCGGAAGCUAGAUGGUGGCCGUUACAAUCGUCACGAGUCUAUCGUCUCACCAAUUGCUCACUUUUUGCGCUCCCGUGGCGUGGACUUCCGUUUUCACACCACAGUCACUGAUAUCAUCACCACCCCUUCAAGCAGCGAACCGCACCGAGUAUCGGCCAUCAAAGCCAUACAUGAAAAUGAGCCCGAGAUGACGAUAAAUCUAGGGGAGCGGGACAUCGUGCUGGUCUCACUAGGCUCGGUUAUGUCCGGCUCCACAACGGGCACCAACACGUCCCCACCGUCCUUGGAACUAAUGGAUAUCGAGAAAGACUUGGACGAGAAUUGGCUGCUGUGGCUAGAGCUCUCCACCAAAAACCCUAUCUUCGGGAACGCAUACAACUUCUGCACACGCAUGGCGGAGUCCCGCCUCGAAUCAUUUACCGUCACCUUUUCCUCCCCCGAGUUCUUCAACCGCUUUACCGCCCUCACAGGUGAUAAAGUAGGAAGUGGGACUUUCGUCACCCUCAAAGACACUCCCUGGCUCCUGAGCAUCAAUCUUCCUCAGCAACCUCUCUUCCCGGAUCAGCCUGCGCACGUGCAGGUACUCUGGGGCUACGCCAUGUACCCCGAGCGGGAGGGCGACUAUAUCAAGAAACCCAUGCUCGAAUACCACUCAAUCACCCUCCCAUGUGUGGUUCCGCGAGCGGCGGCGACACUGUUGGUCCGCUUGCGCAGCGACCGACCUCCAGUGAUUCCCCCGGGAAUCGACAAUCUCGGGCUCAUAGGCCAGUUCGUGGACAUCCCGGGAGAGGUGGCCGUGACGAUGGAUUACGGGGUCCGGUCAGCGCAGACGGCGGUCCGUCAGCUAAUGGGGCUGGAAAGGCGCAAGGUAUUGUCUAAGCGAAGUUCCGCAAUCAAUUUAAAAGCUUUGUAG